GGUCAACUUCACGAGGUUAGGUUAUGUUGUUGAUUGUUGUGGAAGGUGGAAACAGGGACUCUAGUGGAAACUGGAGAUUUAUUAUAUGAACAGCAAUAUAAUUUUGUGAGCUAUUUUCCUAAAGUAAAACAAAGUUAAUAGUUGUUUGCCUCUUGUGGUCACUAUGGCCCAGUCAUCGGAGGUUACAAAACUGCAGCAGCAUUUGACACUUCUCAAGCAGGAAUAUUCCAAAUUGCAGACUAAGUACAGAGAUGUUGAAUUUAAAUAUAAUACAAUAGCAGCUACCAACAACAAAAAUACAGAAGAUACUUUUGCUGCACGUCUUUUGAAAACAAUUAGUAGUUUAUACAAUUCAGAAAGGUAUAGUGACUUGAAAAUCAAACUAGAAAACAAAGAAAUAAAGGCUCAUAAACUAGUUCUGAAUGCUAGAAGUGAUAUAUGGAAUGAUUCUUUACUGGAUGAAAAAAACUGUCUUGAUUGGAGUGAAAUGAAUUCUGAAGUAGCAGAAGCUAUACUAUUGUGGUUGUACACCAGUAAUUUGAAUCUGUCAUCCUCUCCCAUGGUACUAGACCUAAUUAAACAAGCACAUACAUUCAAACUGAAGAACCUAGUAGAGAUGUGUGAACAGUUUCUAAUAUCGGUAGUGAAUAUACGGUCUUGCGUGAAAUUUUACUCUGUUGCUGAAGAAAUAGAAGCUGUCAAUUUGCGAGAAUAUUGUUCAGGUCUCAUAUCGACCCACUGGGAUGACUUGAAUGCUACUGAUUUCGAACAUAUGUCUGGUCCUCUCUUAUAUAAAAUGUUGAAGAGUAAAACACAAUUACCUUUACAUUCAGCCGUGAGACUGCAGAGAGAAGAUGUGGUGUUCCUGUGUCUGGUUGAAAACUCUUCUAGGGUAAGUGAUUCAGUGUUAUUUAUCAAUAAAUAG